AUGUGUCUCCUAGUCUACCAUUACCACAGGAUUUUCCAGAGGAUAAUUGAUGCCAGAAGCAGGUGGGCGGUACCAUGUGUCUCUCAGACAACUGAGAUGUCAGGCACUAGAAGAGACUCUGAAUUAUCAGUAAUUGGAAGUAUGGGCCUGUCAGCGUGGACAGGUAGAAAAUAUUCUGGAGCCUCGAUAACAGCUCGUGAGGGUCGAACCGGAAGUCUCUCCCAGAGCGAAGAAAUCAGACUCCACCGGCACCUAAAAGUCGUGAGAAUUCUCCUCCUCAACGUGAUUGUCGUCCUGACCAUGUGGCUACCAAUAACAAUAAUAAUGCUACUGAUAUACGUGGACGGUCACAGACCAACAGAGGACACCGACUUCUUCCUCAAGUCCCACCACUUCAUCUGGUCCCUAAUUAUUGCGCAACUCAAUACAGUUGUCAAUCCCCUACUCUACGGUGCAUUUUCCGAGAAUUUCCGCUCGUGUUUUGCUAAAUUAUGGCAGAGAAGACCGAGAAUAUACACAUGUACUAGUCCCCUGUCGAUAAACAGCGCAAGACCUCCGUAA